UCCGCCACAAGACACGUGUUGCGUGUGUGCGGCUUGAGUAUAGUGAAUAUUAACCUCUAUGCAAUAGCUGUAAUAAAUACAAAGUAUACAAGGAUAAAUAUAAAUGAAAGUUCGGAUAAACUAGGUAUUAAAUUUUCAAUUUUGCAACUAAGACUGUUUUCUUUUUCGUUUCUCAGAACUCAAAUCUACUAGUUAAUACAUGAAUUGUAUACUUUCUACAUUUAGAGUUGUUGUCCAAACAAGUGCUAACAUUGUUAAAAGUACUAAUUACAGAUUUCAUAAAUUGAAUAAUAUAUUGCUGCAUCAAUUAACAGUGAAAAUGAGUUCGAUCAAAAUUGGUACGCAUAAUGGAACCUUUCACUGCGAUGAAGUCCUUGCUUGCUACAUGCUGAAACUUCUUCCUGAAUACAAAGAUGCUACAAUUGUAAGGAGUCGAGAUCAAUCAAUUUUAGACACUUGUGAUAUCGUUGUUGAUGUUGGUGGUAAAUAUGAUGCUGCUACACACCGAUAUGAUCAUCAUAUGAGAGAUUUCACUGAAUCAAUUAGUACUGUGAUAAAAAAGCCAGGCUAUGAUAGUACCAUCAAGCUAAGUAGUGCAGGUUUAAUUUAUUGUCACUUUGGACAUAAAAUAAUUAAACAAUUAGCUCCUGAAUUAAAUGAAGAUGAUCUUGAAAGGAUAUUUAAGAAGGUCUACGAAACUUUUAUCAAAGAAAUAGAUGGAAUUGAUAAUGGAGUUCCAAUGUUUGAUGGUGAGCCAUUGUAUCGCAUAUCAACAAAUCUAUCUGCAAGAGUUUCGAGAUUAAAUCUUCAAUGGAAUACAACUCACUUAAAUGAAGAAGAGCAAUUUAAUAAAGCAAUGGUUAUGGCUGGAGAAGAAUUUACUUACUUUAUAGAAAACGCAGCACGCACUUGGCUUCCUGCUCGAACAUUAGUAAAGGAAGCAAUCGAAAAUAGAUUACAGAUUGAUCCAAGUGGUGAAAUCAUAGAAAUGACCAAAGCAGUUCCAUGGAAGGAACACCUUUAUAAUAUUGAAACCGAAUUGAACAUAGAUCCUACGAUAAAGUUUAUUGUCUUCAAAGAUAAUACAUACAGAGUACAAGGAGUGCCUCAGCAGCUUGGCAGUUAUAUAUGCAGAAUAUUUCUACCCGAAAAGUGGUGCGGACUAAGGGAUGAAGAAUUGACUGCUGAAGCUGGAAUUAAAGACUGCGUAUUUGUUCACACAACGGGAUUCAUUGGAGGAAAUAAAACUCGAGAGGGUGCAUUAGCAAUGGCUCGCUAUGCCCUAAAACUUGGUCACGAUAAAGGAAAAUAAUAACUUUCAGUGCUAAAGUUUUCUGUAAAAAAUAAGUUAAAAAGCUCAAUUUUUUUGUUGGACGUCCAUAUAAAAACACUUCCCGAUUACCUGUAUACUUAGAUUGAUUUUUAGUUAGUUUUUACAUAGUCGUAAGUGAAUGAUCAGUCUAAAUCUUUCUCGUAUUCAUCCAGCAGGCAGAAUUGAUUGAAAUCUAUAUUUAAAUAACUAGAUACUGUAAAACUAGUCGAAAAAAGUAAAGUACAAAGCGAUAUUUCUGUAAGAAAAAACGCUUGUGCAUUUAAUUGCUGUAAAUGCAAAUUUAGUGAAGCAUGUAAAACCAGCAUAAUAUUCUGAGUUAUCCAAAUGUCAUAAAUUCAAUUGUAUAAAUAACGAAUAUUGUUGUGUACUUAUCGAGACUAUAGUAAUUUAUUCAUGUUAAAGACAAGUAUUUUUGUAAUUAUACUGAAACUAAUAUACAUUUAAUAUACAUUUAGUGAUACAUUACGAUUUGUAUUGUAUGUCAAUAUUCAUCAACUGAAAUAAAAUUGUGAUAUGAGCGAA